ACCCGCAAACGGCUCACUCGCACGGCGACACCGCGACCGCGCCACGCAACAAUUUCGUACGAGCAUCGUCGCCCGAUCCGUAUUGAUUUCACCCGCGUUUCAUCCGUCGCUAAUUGAGCGGAUCCCGAUCGCCGAAUCGCGAAAAAUCUCGCCUCUCUGUUUUGAAAGUUACGCGUCAUGUGCGCCGCCCGGGCCCGGCUAAUCGCUCCCGGAUUAAUUGACUUUGGCCCGAGCCCCGUCGGCUUCGCCACCGCGGCCUCGCGUAUUUCUCCUUUUCCACAAUUUCCCUCUUUCCCUUUUCCCCCCGCGCCCGCUCCGAGCCCGACCCAGUGACCUUUCACCCUUUUCACCCCCGCGUCCGUUGUGUCCUGUUUCCUUGGCUUUGCACCCGUCGCCAAGGGUGGUAAACCUCAGAGUGACUUUUUUCAUAUCUGACCGCAUUAUUCGCCUUCGAUUUUCACCGCGGUGGUUAGUUGUGCGUUGUCUUGGUGGAUUCCAACCGUUCGCCGACGGAAAGCGUGAUUUCGAAUUUUUACCUUCGCUGGAUCAUCAUUUGAGUUUACUUUUUUCUCGGUAAUUGUGCGUUGUUUUGGUGGGCUUCAACCGACUGCCAACAGAGAGCGUUUUCCCACCUUAUCACCAAGUGACUUUCCUCGUGUUUUUGCCCCUGUGAGUCUAAUUUUUAUCGUGAUAAUUGUGUGCGUUUUUUCGGUGAAUUUUCAUCUUCAGACGGAAGUAAAAUUUGGGUCUCUUUAUUUUCCCGGCUCAUUACCCUCACGAAAUUUUUCUUGUUUCUGGUCCUAUGAGCCCAAGAUUCCUCGCUUCUUUCUAUCAGAUGAUCGCGAGUUGCUCCCGUGCAUUUUGAGCGCUCCCAAGUAGAGAUAUAACUUGAAUGAGUGUCAUGCUUCUACCUGAUUGCUCAAUGACAUAUUUCCUAUCCUCAUUCGUUUAAACCAUACAUUCCUCGUUACUUUAUGUUGUGAAUUACGUCACUGUUUUUGGAAAAGGGUGCUUUGCUUCAGUGAAUAUUGUUCGUUCGCAGGAGGAAUCAAAUUCCUGAGUUUUCCGAUUUUUUCAACUGUUUACCUAGUGACCUUAUUCGUGUGACAAUACCUCCGAACCAACCAUUUGGUGCCACUAACCCACCAACUUUAUCACCGACAUUGAUUAUUUGGCUAUUUGAGGACUUUUUACGAAGUGCAAAAAAAAAGAAAAAAAUACAUUUGUGUUUAUUGUCAGUGCAUUUAAUCGCCAAUUGACAUUUUUGAGUGUUCUCUCCCUUGAACGCGCAGAUAUUCCGUCACUGCUGUGCUAAAAAUCAUCGAUACUCUCAGUGAAUUUUGCGUUGCUCUAUUUUUUACUUUUCGACGAGGGAAUCAGAAUUUCAUGACAAGUCGGUUUUUAAGCCCUAUGAUUGGAAUCUGAAUUGAAAAAGAGGACGUCGCCUCUUUAUUUGUAGUUUUUUCCUUUCCUCUCUCCUGGAUUCGAUUUAACCGCCAAACUAAGAGCGUGCGUGAGUGUGUGAGAGACGAUCAGCGGCUUCUUAACGGUACGCUGAGCUUUUAAAACGUGUUCAGAUCGUCGGAUUGCCUGACCUUCGCAGCGUUGCCGCUUCAACAGGUGCAAUAAAGUUUAGUCCAAUUUUUUGUUAAGUUUUCUUUCUCGUUGCUUUACGUAAGAUUCCAGUUAAUUUGUUUUUGUUCUUUUUUAAAAAUUUAUAUAGUUUAAUAUUUUCGCUUUCCUCGCGAAAGAAUACAUUACCUCAAUAAUUUGAAUGUUCGGAGCAAGCAGGUUACGCUAAAACGAUGACAGUCAUUUAAUUGUUACUAGAGUCUGGGCAAUGCAAUAUUUUUCCCGCGAUGAAUACGCGUGAUAAGAUUGAAUUAUUGAUUUUAAGCGAAGGUUCCGAGUGAUCUAAGUGCCAUGUCGAUUGCAAACGCGAAAAUCCCGCCGCCCCUGCCGGUGAAGAUGAAGCGACCGCUGCGCAAGUCCUUGGUGAAGGCCGAAGGGACGGAGCCCGGGGCCUGGAAGCUGUCGGAAGAGAGCGCGAAGAAGAGGAUGAGCAGCGUCGGGGUCGGGGGUAAAAAUAGCUCGGAGCUCAUCGAGAAGACGGCCAACAACGUAGUGAAGAUACGCGUGGAGUCGACGCGGCCGCGCGGCGGUGGCGGCGGCGGCGGCGCGGCGGCGAGCGAGGAUGCCGCUAGGUCGUUGCGACAGUCCGUUAAGCCGUCGAGAGCGGUGCGCAUCAACAUAACAAGUUCGGAGACGGAGGACGAGUUCCCGGCGAGCAAGUCCGUCGUCCGAAUCGCGACCGCUAACCCGCCGCUCCGGAGCCCGUUCGCCCAAGAGCCGCCGCCGCUCCCGGCCAAGAAGAAGCACCUCCGCUUCGGCGAGAAGCUCGCCAGCGGGCAGCACUCCCCCGACAGCGGGAACAGCAGCGACAUCGAGCGGGUCUCGCCGCCGGUCCAGCAGUGGGUCAGCGACGAGGAGGACCUCAGCUACGACUCGCUCAACAGCUGCGAGAGCGGAAGCCUGGAGGACAAGUUCCAGAGUAGGCUGGAUGACAAGCUGAGCCGGCUCCGCGACACCCACCUCCGGGCGCUCAUCCACGACCGGGAAUGCCGCCGCCUCGGCGACCGGCUCUCCCGCUUCAUCCUCGAGGACCCCGCCGACCGCGACCACGACAUCGACACCGACCACGACAGCGGAGCCCCCAGGGACGACGACCAGGACAUCUACCAGAACUUCCACGAGCCUCCCACCGAGCAGGACUCCGACUCCAUCUAUCAGAACUUGGACCUGGCCCAGCCCAACUUCACCCAGGAGAACUCCAAAGACGAGGCCUCCGAGCAGGACUUCGAGAAUGAGAUCUAUCAGAAUCUAGAUCCCCCGGCUCCCUAUCAGAGUCACAAUGGCGCUCGUUCUCAAGAGACCUCUUUCAAAGCUCACAUCUUGCAAAGCAUUCCCAAAAUCCAUGGACACAGUUUUCCUGAGCCAAAUUUCAAGGCCAAAGUCACGCAGGACGAGAGCCUCACCGCCAAAGUCAAUAAAAGUUUCUCCGAGGAGCAUCUCAAGGCGAAAGCCGCGCCGAGUCUCACUGGGGAGUAUCUCAAAACCAAAGUCAAGCUUGAGGACGGCCUCAAGGCAAAUGUCACGGAGAGUAACUCUGAGGAGUAUCUUAAAGCUAAAGUCACGCAGAGUUCCUCAGAGGAGGCAGAUGUCACGCAGAGUACCCCUGAGAAGAAUCUCAAAGCCAAAGUUACGGAGAGCUCUACAGCCGAGGACUUCCAGGCCGAUGUCAUCCAAAAUUUCUCCGAGGAGACCUUCAGGGCCAAAGUCACGCUUUGUCCUCCUGAGGAGGACUUCAAAGUCAAAGUGACGCAGAGUCCCUCCGAGGAGACCUGCAAGGCCAAAGUCACGCAAAGCGUUCCCAAAGUGGAAGUUGGGGGAGUGAAGUCUUCUUCGGCGACGUUGGAGCCGGACUUCGACGCGAACAAGUACUUCAACUUCCACCUAAGCGAGCGGAACUUCGACAAAGGGCGCGAGGGCGCGGGUGAGGAGGAGGACUACUUCGACACCUUCGCCGGGUGCAACCACUUCACCGGCUCCGACUUCACGACCGAGUCGCCCACCAUUCGCAGCUCCAAGGGCACCAUCCGCGGGGUCAAGAACCGCGUCAGGGCCGGCAUCGCCACCUUCCUUCAGAUCCCUGCAAACAAGAAUUGGGCGGAGAAGGAGGCUGGAAAAGUGGUGGUGUACACGACGUCUAUGGGAAUCAUCCGCGAGACUUACCAGAGAUGUUUGAAAGUGAGGCAGAUCCUGCGGACGCAUCUAGUUAAAUUCGAAGAGCGGGACAUCGCCGGUUCCAGGGAGGUCCUCGCCGAGAUUAAGGAUAGGAUGAAUAGCAAGCAAAUUCUAGUGCCACAAGUCUUCGUCGAAGGACAACACAUAGGAGAUGCCGAAACCAUUGACCGGCUAAAUGAAUCAGGAGAGCUUCGAAGGAUUUUAAAACCUUACAGAAGUCCGGAUACGUGCAAUGUGUGUCAGGUGUGUGGCGGCUACCAGCUCCUGCCGUGCGCCCUCUGUAGCGGGAGCAAGAAGAGCGUCCACCGCAACCAGUUCACCGCCGAACUAGUCUCCCUCAAGUGCGUCUACUGCGAUGAAGUCGGUCUCGUCAAGUGCUACGCCUGCACCCUCUGACCACCGACCCCCCACCCCCCCAGCCUCGCCACCAUGUCUCGGACACGGGGACACGUCCCUUGCGACUUCAGCUCCCCACCGCCCACCGCGGAUCAUCCCUUCGGACUUGGCGUCACUCCUUCAGCCACCGCUUCCACCAAAAUCAAAGCUCUUGCCUUAGGAUCAGCCAAAAAUCUCCAUAAUCUCCGUCAACCCCAGUUUGCGUGCACUGAAAAAAAAAGUUCGGUAAAUCCGAACUAGUCAGGAUCGUAUGGAACCAGGUUUUGUUCGU